AAGGAGUGGUCGCCGCACGAGGACGAGCUGAUCCGCCGCGGCGUGGAGCAGCUUGGCUGCCGAUGGCGCGUCAUCGCCGCCCAGCUGCCUGGAAGGUCGGACGACGCCGUCCGCAACCGCUGGAGCAGGCUGCAAGACACAGCCAAGAGCAGGACGGGCGGGCGGGACGGGGGCGAGAGGUCCUCUUGGACUCGGGCAGAGGACGACGUGAUCGUGCAGGGGGUGUCGGAGCUGGGACACAAGUGGUUCGAGAUCGCGCGGCGGCUGCCCGGCCGGACGGACCACGCGAUUCGCAACCGCUGG